CAUAAACAUUCGAGAAGUCUACAAGCUUUUUAUUUUUUCAAAAUAUAGAUUUAUUCAUAAAUUAAAGCAAUGAAAAUAAAAUAAAAAUCUACCAAAUAUUUGCCAGAAAUUUUGCUAAAGUUGAUCAAUCCAUCCAAAGAAAAAAAGAAAAUUUUGGACCGAAAAAAAAAAAAAGAAUUCAUCCCCAAAUCUGCACCUCCUCUCAUCUUCUUCAUCUCCUUCAAUCUUCAUUAUUUAUAACCUAAAACGACUGAAUCUUUCUCUCUCUUUAUCUCCAUUUUCUAGGUGUGCUUAUCACAGCUAGAAAGUUCUUACAUUUAAAUCGCCCUAGUUGGAGAAAGCCGUCGGUUUCUCAUUUUGAAAUUUCCAAGGAGAUCUGAAAGUUUUAAUUUUUUGGAUCGAUUUCAUCGUUAUCAUACUCCGAUCAUCAUUUCUGUUCAAGGGUUAAUCGUAAAUCGUUCAUCGGGUAUAAUGUUUUUGACAUCUCGUUUUUUAUUCUGUGGUGGUUGUUGUGUUUUGAUGCUUUGUUUCAUAUAUUUCUCUUUUGAUUAUCUGGAAAGAUCUUGUUUUUGGGUGAUGAUGGAGCGUGUUUUUGUAUCAAACUGUCGCUUGGUUACACUAUUCUUUUGAAUCUAUAUGUUUCUGUGAAGAUGAGAAUCUGUAUUGAUGGUUUCUGAUUGGUAUCUUGAGUAGUGAAUCGACUUUCUUCACAGAUUCUUUUGAUGUGUUGGUCAUCAUCAUCAUCAUCAUCGAAGAGCCUUUGAUGGCGUUUUCUCGAGAGUAACGAUGAUUUUGUUACUCUUGAACCAAAGUUGAUGAGUGUAUGGUCUGAAUUUGGUUGCAGAUGACUGUGAUUUUGAUUGUUUUUAUCUGUUUGAUUGGAAAGUGAUUUUGAUGGAAAGACAAUGCUUUAAGUGCAAGCCAAUGUUUCUUGUAUUCUUUUUGAUUGUAUUUUUACUUGCUAACACAACGGAUUGGUGUCUUUUCUUUUGGAUUGUGAAGGAAAUGCAAAUGAAAUUGGUUGGGUUCACCUUUUUAUCAACUAAAUACGUACUCUCUGCUACCUCUCUUUAUACUGCAGGUUAGUUAAAGAGGUUUACUGAAAGCAAAAUACUUUCUUACUCUUUGUAUGGAGUAAGAAUGCCAGAGUUAAGAAGUGGAGCACGUAGAUUGAGACAACCUAGCCCUCAGGUGACUGGUCAGGCGGAUAAUAUUGAACUUCCUCCUCAGCCUGUAACAAGGAGAAGAGGCGGUGGUGGUAGAGGAAGGGGAAACGCCAAAGGUGCUGCACCUCCAAGACCAGCUGGUGGUGUCGGUAGGGGUCGAGGCAUCAGAUUAAUAGAUUUAGAGGCAGAACCUUGUGAAGUUCGUCCAGCAGUAGGUGAACCUGCUUUUAAUCAAGUUGAAGCGGUAGCUGAAAAGGAUAUUGCUAUGGAAGGUGGUAGCGCAGAGAAGGUAGUUGGUGUGGAAGAAGAUUCUAGCACAGCUCCAGUCCCUGAAAGGGUACAAGUUGGAAAUUCUCCUGUAUAUAAGACUGAGAGGAAACUCGGUAAAGGAGGCUUUGGUCAAGUUUUUGUUGGUAGAAGGGUGAGUGGUGGCAGCGAUAGGAUUGGGGCCGAUGCAAUUGAGGUGGCCCUGAAAUUUGAGCAUCGAAAUAGCAAAGGAUGCAAUUUUGGUCCACCUUACGAGUGGCAAGUGUACAAUACCCUCAAUGGUUGCUAUGGAGUUCCUGCGGUACAUCAUAAGGGUCGUCAAGGAGAUUUUUACAUUCUUGUCAUGGACAUGCUUGGUCCGAGUCUCUGGGAUGUUUGGAAUUCUUCGGGGCAAUCGAUGUCUCCAAACAUGGUAGCCUGCAUUGCAGUUGAGUCCAUAUCUAUUCUUGAGAAACUUCAUAUGAAAGGGUUUGUCCACGGAGAUGUGAAGCCGGAAAACUUUUUACUCGGUCAACCAGGAACAGCAGAUGAGAAAAAACUCUACCUUAUCGAUCUUGGUCUGGCAUCUAAAUGGAAAGAUUCACACUCAGGCCAGCAUGUUGAAUAUGAUCAAAGACCUGAUGUGUUCAGGGGAACGAUAAGGUAUGCAAGUGUUCAUGCACACCUAGGUCGAACUGGAAGUAGGAGAGAUGAUCUGGAGUCGCUGGCUUAUACUUUAAUUUUUCUUUUGAAGGGAAGAUUGCCAUGGCAAGGAUAUCAGGGUGACAACAAGAGCUUUCUUGUUUGCAAGAAAAAGAUGUCAACUUCUCCUGAAUUGAUGUGCUGUUUUUGUCCACCCCCGUUUAAGCUCUUCCUCGAGGCAGUUACAAACAUGAAGUUUGACGAAGAGCCCAACUAUGCAAAGCUUAUUUCGAUUUUUGAUUCUCUUAUUGAACAAUGUGCACUAUCUAGACCAAUUAAAAUUGAUGGUGCUCUUAAGGUUGGGCAAAAACGAGGAAGAAUGCUUCUUAAUUUGGAUGAGGAUGAACAGCCAAAGAAGAAAAUCAGAAUUGGCAGUCCUGCUUGUCAGUGGAUCUCAGUCUAUAAUGCUCGUCGUCCCAUGAAACAGAGAUAUCACUACAACGUUGCAGACUCAAGGUUGCAUCAGCAUGUACAGAAGGGUAAUGAGGAUGGCCUUUUAAUUAGCUGUGUAGCAUCAGCAGCUAAUCUCUGGGCCCUCAUAAUGGAUGCUGGGACUGGAUUCACCUCUCAAGUUUAUGAAUUGUCAACUGUCUUCCUUCACAAGGACUGGAUUAUGGAACAAUGGGAAAAGAACUACUAUAUCAGUUCCAUAGCUGGUUCAGAUAACGGGAACUCAUUAGUUGUUAUGUCAAAAGGAACGUCUUAUACUCAGCAAUCUUACAAAGUCAGCGACUCUUUUCCUUUCAAGUGGAUAAACAAGAAAUGGAAAGAAGAUUUCCAUGUAACCUCCAUGACAACUGCUGGGAAUCGUUGGGGUGUGGUAAUGUCGAGGAAUUCUGGCUACUCUGAUCAGGUCGUGGAGCUCGACUUUUUGUACCCAAGCGAUGGAAUACAUAGGAGGUGGGAAAGUGGGUAUAGGAUAACAUCAAUGGCAGCAACUGCAGAUCAAGCAGCUUUCAUAUUAAGCGUACCAAAACGUAAAAUGAUGGAUGAAACUCAAGAGACUCUUCGCACCACCGCCUUUCCAAGCACUCAUGUCAAGGAAAAAUGGGCGAAAAAUCUGUACAUUGCAUCAAUAUGCUUUGGGAGGACAGUUUGCUGAGGUACUUAGCAUCAUAUGAAAGCCAAGAAGACAAUUGGAGGAUAAGGAUCAUAAUACGAUCAAGAAGGUAACGCAACCUGUUUGUUAAAUGUAAUGAAAUGGAUGCGUGUUCGUAUGUAUGUAGAAGUAUAAAAGGAUAGAAAAGAUGGUAACAGAGAAGUUGAAUUAGUUUUAAUAGAAAGUUUUGAGGGCUUUUUAAGCCUUCAAGUGUGCUUACUUUUUGGUAUCACUUGCCUUGUUUGAGUCUUUGUUUCAACUUUCAAGUGUUUAAAAUAAAUGAAAUGUGAGAAAGCCAAACCAAACUUAAACCGACAUAAGCAUAAAUAAAUAAAAUAAUAUCUCAUUGUUAUUCAAAUCUUUUGUUAAAUUUUUACAAAAAUUAUUGACAAAUUUACUAAAAGAA